AUCCGGUUCUAAGGCGGCCUCUGGAGGGCUUCGAGGCGGGCGGCGGAGGCUUGCGGCGUCGGCUCCGCCCGAGGCGCGGCGGGCAAUUUUACAUCAAGUAAGGAAUAUGGUGAAACUCAUUCACACAUUGACCGAUCACGGUGAUGAUGUCAACUGCUGUGCCUUCUCCUCUUCCCUCUUGGCCACGUGCUCCCUGGACAAAACCAUCCGCCUGUACUCCUUAUGGGACUUCACAGAACUGCCGCACUCGCCCUUGAAGCUCCACUCCUACACGGUGCACUGCUGCUGCUUCUCCCCUUCAGGGCAUGUCUUGGCUUCCUGUUCAACAGAUGGCACCACUGUCCUCUGGAACGUUCAAACCGGACAGACGUUGGCAGUGAUGGAGCAGCCUGGCGGGAGCCCCGUGCGCGUGUGCCGCUUCUCGCCAGACUCCACCUGCCUGGCCUCGGGAGCAGCUGAUGGAACGGUAGCUUUGUGGAAUACACAGUCAUACAAGUUAUAUAGAUGUGGCAGUGUUAAGGAUGGCUCCUUGGUGGCGUGUGCGUUUUCUCCUAAUGGAAGCCUCUUUGUCACUGGCUCCUCGUGUGGAGACUUAACAGUGUGGGAUGAUAAAAUGAGAUGCCUGCAUAGUGAAAAAGCACAUGAUCUUGGAGUUACCUGCUGCGAUUUUUCUUCACAGCCAGUUUCUGGUGGAGAACAGUGCCCUCAGUUUUUUCGUCUGGCAUCAUGUGGUCAGGACUGCCAAGUCAAAAUUUGGGUCGUUUCUACGCAUAUCUUAGGUUUUGAGCUAAAACAUAAAAGUACACUCAGUGGGCAUUGUGCUCCCGUUCUUGCCUGUGCUUUUUCCCAUGAUGGGCAGAUGCUAGUCUCAGGAUCAGUGGAUAAGUCUGUCAUAGUAUAUGAUAUUAAUACUGAGAGUAUUCUUCACACGUUGACUCAACAUAGCAGAUAUGUCACCACUUGUGCCUUUGCGCCUGAUACCCUCUUACUUGCUACUGGUUCAAUGGACAAAACUGUGAACAUCUGGCAGUUUGACCUGGAAACACUUGGCCAAGCAAGGAGCCUGGAGGAGCAACCUAAGCAGUUUGUUGAAGAUUGGUCAGAAGAGGAUGUCUCCUCCUGGCUUUGUGCACAGGGCCUGAAAGACCUUGUUGAUAUUUUCAAGAUGAAUAACAUUGAUGGAAAGGAGCUGUUGAAUCUUACCAAAGAAAGCCUGGCUGAUGAUUUGAAAAUUGAAUCUCUAGGGCUGCGUAGUAAAGUGCUGAGGAAGAUUGAAGAGCUCAGGACCAAGGUGAAAUCCCUUUCUUCUGGAAUUCCCGAUGAAUUUAUCUGCCCCAUUACUCGGGAACUUAUGAAAGAUCCGGUCAUCGCAUCAGAUGGCUAUUCAUAUGAAAAGGAAGCAAUGGAAAACUGGAUCAGCAAAAAGAAACGCACAAGUCCCAUGACCAAUCUCGUGCUUUCUUCGUUGGUGCUGACGCCAAACAGGACUCUGAAAAUGGCAAUCAAUCGAUGGCUAGAGACACAGCAAAAAUAAAACCUUCUGUAACUUUA